UCCCUCGCACAUGUGUAACACUAUUCUCGAACGCUCGAUAUAUUGAACCGAUACGUAUCGAUACACUCCAAUUUCUUCCUCGAAAAUCCCGGUCCCCUCGAUGACGGCGCCACAAUGUAUACAGUAUUUGACGUGUGCUGUGCAGGGUGGGACGGCAUCGCCGGUCGGCUGAACUUGGUAAUGGAAUUGGCGCCGACCAACUUGGACCACGCGAUCCGACGGCUGGCCGCGGCCGGGCGGACGGCGAGCACGGGCCACGGCAAGCUGUACGCGUACCAGAUGUUCAGGGGCUUGGGGUACGUGCACGAGACGGCGGGACUGUGCCACAGGGACGUGAAACCAAGCAACCUGUUGCUGUACCCGGUCACGGGCGUGCUCAAGCUGUGCGACUUCGGCAGCGCGAAGGACCUGUUGGACGGCGUGCCGAACACCCGGUACGCUUGUUCCCGCCACUACCGGGCGCCCGAGCUGCUGUUCGACCAACCGCCCGACGCGCCCGACUACACCGUCGCGGUGGACGUGUGGAGCGCCGGUUGCGUGUACGCCGAACUCACGGCGGGCGCUCCCCUGUACCCGGGCACGAGCGUGCCGCACCAGCGAGCGUUGGUCGCGCGCCCGCCGUCGUUCCCGGGCUGGGCCCCGGCCGACGUGAUCCGGUUGAUGGCGGCCACGCUCCGGUACGACCCGUCCGCCAGGCCGACGGCGUCGGAAGCUUGCGACCACGAGUGUUUCGACGCGCUCAGACGACCGGGUGGCCAUCGCUUGCCGCCGCUGUUCGACGACUACGAUGGCGACGAUGCCGAUGACUACUACGACGACUGA